AUAGCAAACAUAGAAAUUUUUUAAUUUCGGGAAGGUUAGUCAAAAUUCACAAAUGUUUUGAGGGGAGAAAGGGGCAGUGCAAUGGAUGAUUCAGGCCAAGAGAAGUUCGUUUCUGGUUCGCGAUACGAUCGCCAAAGGGAAUUGACCAAAAGGCGGCUACUUUUCUGGGCGAGACGUCUUCAGUUGAUGCCUCAUGAGGUGGAAAAGAUGUCGGAUGGGGAGCUCAAUCAGAGAUGGCAAAUCAUUAAAAGGGAGGAAGACACUUUUGACAAUAGACAGGCCUUGUUUGAUCGCUGGAAACAGCUGCAUGAGCUGAGAUACCUUAUGUACGAGGAGCAGAAAAAGUACAACGAGCGCUAUGGUCUCGAUGGAGCCUCCAUCUGGUGUAUUCUGGCCAUGGCCCAGCAGGACCUGGAAAGGAAACUCCAAAUAGAUCGUUUACGCGGCAGUUGCCAGCGUUUUCCCUCGCCCAUGUGCCUCAUGGAGGAGGAACGACAGAGCGGAGGCAAGCAACUUCGACUGGAACCCCUAAAGUCCAUCCUCAUUGGUUAUGAGUCCGAUUCAGAGGAUGAGCUUAAACUGAAGAAGGUCACUCGCUAUAUACCUACAAGGUGGUCAAAACAGGGAAACUAUGAGCACCUGAAUUCCAAACCAGAAAUCCACGAUUACUGUAAAGAACCCAUUGAGGAAUGUGAAGUAAAUUUGUCAAAGAAAAAAUGCAAUCUUUUUGGUAAAAGUGAAGACUCCUUUAAAAGCCUUCGGGAGCCUCCUACAAAUCUGGGCUUCUGCCCUCUUUGCGCCGAAAGACACCUGCGAUUGCCGCCUCGCUUCUGACCAGGUGAAAAUAAAUCAAAGAGCCCAAGACCUGUAUUGAGCCCUGUCCACUUUGUUUUCAAUAUAUUAAAAUACACAGAGGGAAAAGAGUUGUUUCCAGGAAUUUAAUAUACCCCCAAAGAUAAACACAUAACAUUUCUGUUCUUUACUAUAAAAUCAAGAAUACUUUCCUCAAGUCCAUAAAUACAAAGCAUUUUUCCUGC